AUGACUAAAACUACUUUUUCAAUACAGGCGAUUACUACGCCUCUUUUUAUCAUUCGAAUAGUUCAGCUGGUCAUGUCAAUUAUUAUUCUUGGAAUUGCGGCAGCCAGUGUUCACAAAACUAACGAGGCCUUUGAUAGAGCUAAAAUGUAUGUGGAAAGCAUGUACAGAUAUUCUAAUGUCAGUAUCGAAAAGAACCACAGUUGUGUUUUUUCCACUUUUGUUUCUGUCUGGACCAUUUUGGCCAAUUUGUAUCUCAUGGUUUCUCCUUUUGUUUUGGAAAUUGCAGCUUUUCCGCCACUCUUUUUAGUUGUCGAAUUCUUGUCAAACAUUUUCUGGUUUGUUUCAUGGAUCUACUUGGCUACAUAUGCCGGUGAUAUUGGCAGUUGUAGAUACGAAAUCUGCAAGUUGGUUCAAGCUGAUACUGUUUUGAGUGCUUUGACAUGGCCUUCCUUUAUAGCUUCAUUGUUUUUAGUUCUUAAGUCGGCUAUUCCAUACAUUAAAGCAAAGGGCUGGACUACAAAACUUGCUGGUCUUCCUGGUGGUUACUUUCCAGUUAUUGAAGGAUCAAUAGAGAAUGCUGCAGCUGCAAAUAUAAGUAAAGAUGAGGUACAAGUUGCAGAAGCAUUUUUACCUGAUCAAACUAUGGGAAGGGCUGUUCUGCCACCGGAAAAAAAUAAUGACACACUAGUUCCAGCUGGCAUGGAUUUGGAAGCAAACCGAAGAUGA